AUGUCGGCGUCAACGUUUCACGUAAUUUGUCCGAGUUCGGAUAAAUCAUUUGACGAUAAUCUGGCAUGUGAUUACAAAAUCCUGCUUCCUAAACCUUUGAGUUUUGACGACGAUUAUGUAUGUGGACUACAAAGCAUAACGUUUCCCUACACUUGGCCUUCACUUGGUGCUCUCGAAAAUCAAUUUAUUCGACUCUAUACCCACGACAACAAAGUAUUAAAACUUAUCAUCCCCAAAGGCACCUACUCGGACGUUGAAACCCUAAUCGAUGCCCUCAACCAGUACAUAAAAACCGCCCUGCCUGACUAUAGAGGAAACUUUCGGAAGAGAAGAAACGUGGAGGAAAAAAGUGAUGCCAUGGCAAAAUCAGGCGCUUUAAAUGCUGUUGCCACAACGGACGCGGCGUCGCCAAUGCCUCAGGCACCUACAGCGGAGAAGGACGCACCACCGCCACCCGUGGAGGUAAACGUUCCCGUUGUGCCAGACACUCCGCCACCACCACCUCCUCCGCCAUCAGGAUUCGGCCGCGGGAUAAUCGAAGACGACUUGAUAAUAAAAUUCAAUCAAUCUACAAAGCGUGUCGAAGUUGGAAUUAAUCAUGAAUCAAUUCAAAGAAUCUCAUUUUCUCCUCAACUAGGCUAUACACUCGGGUUUGAUCCGAGGGCAGUAAUCAUGAACGGAGCCAAUGCAAUUUACACACCCGACCUGAGUGGAGGAAUUUCGCAACUUUACGUCUACGCCGAAGGUCUUACAGAAAACAUAAUUGUUGGUCGGCAUCUCACACCUCUUCUUCGAAUUGUUACUGUAAAAGGAAAGCCGGGACAAAUGUGCGAGAUGAUUUAUGACUCUCCCCUCUUCCUAAACGUACCCCGAAGAUCGGUCAGCAUGUUGCAUAUACAAAUCAGAACAAUGGAUGGAAAACUUGUGCCUUUUGAGUACGGAAACGUCACGUGUACCUUGUUAUUUAAGCGAAAAAUCCCUUUUUAA